UAAGUUAAUAUACAAUAAUAAGUUUUAAGUACUCACUACUCUGUUUAAGCAAAAUAAUAAUAAGUAUUAUUAUAAAUUUUAAAAAUGUUGAAAAUUGUGUGCAUUGCCACUAUUGUUGGCCUAGUCGUUAGCAGAUCUGUUGAAAAACUAGAGUCCAUGGAGUUUAAGGCAUUAGCACCGGUAGAUUCAAUGCAAUUGGAAUUUCUAUCCGAUUUAAUCAAUCCGAUUGUUGGCUUUUUUAGCAAUUUGGGGGCACAAUUGCUAUCUGAAUUGAAACCAUAUUUACUAUCAUUUAUAGGUGUAAUAGUCAGUGUAUUUUUGGCAGGUCUAACACCAAUAUUGCCUCAAUUGAUUUCACUAUUUCUAGCUUUAUUUGUACCGAUAUUGACAGCAGUGGUAUCUCAAUUGGCACCGGCAUUGAUCGCACAAUUACCGCAGAUAUUGUCUGGUGUGGUCAGUGGACUUUUUAAUGGCUAAAUUAAUUGGUCAUUAAGAUUAU